GAGUUUCUGCUAGCUAUGCAGUCCCAUGAUGGUCAGAUACAAAAUGCUGCAGAAGGGAAUAUCAAGCAAUUUAAGGAGCAGAGUUUUCCACAGUUUCUGCAAGCAUUAUCUGCUGAGCUAUCAAAUGAUAAUAAAUCUCCAGUAUCUCGAAGGCUUGCUGGCAUUCUGCUUAAAAGUUCUUUGGAUGCAAAAGAUUUAGCAAGGAAACAAAAAUGUACACAACAAUGGAUAAGUGUGGACCCUUUAGUCAAGUCACAGGUUAAAGGUUCCCUGUUGAUGACCCUUGGAUCACCAGUAUCUGACGCUCACCGUAGUUCUUCACAAGUCGUUGCAAAGAUUGCUUCCAUUGAGAUCCCUUGUCAAGGAUGACCAGAACUCAUAGUAAGCUUUCUAGGUAACAUGACAAAGCCAGAUGCACCCCCUUCUUUGAAGCGCGCUACCCUGGAUGCCAUUGGAUACGUCUGUGAGGAGAUAUCCCCUAAGGAUUUGGAGCAGGAUCAAGUUAAUUCUGUUCUUACUGCUGUGGUCCAGGGUAUGAAUCACGUGGAGAAAAUUCAAGGGUCCGACAUGCUGCUGCUAAAGCAUUGUACGAUGCUCUUGAUUUUACCGAGACAAAAUUUCAGAAUGAAUCAGAGAGGAAGUACAUAAUGAAGGUAGUUUCUGAAACUGCCAUUUCUAAGGAGUCUGAUAUUAGGAAGGCUGCAUUUGAGUGUUUGGUCUCCAUAGCAUCAACAUACUAUGAUCUUCUAGAGCCCUACAUGCAGACAUUAUUUGAGUUGACAGCAAAUGCUGCCAGGGCAGAUGAAGAACAAGUUGCACUUUAAGCUGUUUAGUUCUAGAGCACAAUCUGUGAUGAAGAAGAUGCAAUUCAAGAAGACGCUGAAGAAUCUCGUGAUGUUAGUUUCGCAUAUCAUUUCCAUUUGUUGAAAAGGCCCUUCCUUUGCUUGUCCUUAUGCUUUGAGAAACACUUCUGAAGCAAAAGGAGGAUCAAGAUGAAGAUGAUGGAAUUUGGAAUAUAUCAAUGGCAGGGGGCACCUGCCUUUGGCUUGUUGCAACGGCUGUCAAGGUUGCCAUUGUACCUCUCUGCUACAUUUGCAUUUGGUUCCAUUCUUGAAGGCCCUUCAGUUGAAAAGCUUGCACCACUGGUUCAUGAGACUACUGCAUGGGCACUUUCGAGGACAUUUGAGUUUCCACAUUCACCAACCAGUGGUGUUUCUGUAGUAACAAAUGCAAACCUUCCUCAUGUUAUAGAAAUUAUGUUAACAAGUAUCAAAGACUCCCAAUGUUGCUGAGAGAAGAUCUGUGGUGCCCUGUAUUUUCUUGCUCACGGCUAUGGGAAUGCAGGGUCUAUGUCAUCAGUGCUGUCACCCUAUUUUGGUCAAUUAGUAUCAGCUCUCCUUGCCAUUGCUGAUCGUUCUGAUUCCAUCAACUCCAGGCUUUGUGCAUCUGCAUAUGAAACACUUAACGAGAUUGCGAGAUGCAGCAGCAUUGCAGACACCCUGAACAUGAUUGUGUUAUUAUUGCAAGAGAUCUUGAAGAGAUUAAACCAGGCCUUUGAGUUUCAGAUCGCAUCCUCUCAGGACAAGGAAAAGCAAAGUGGCCUUCAAGCCUUGCUAUGUGGUGUUCUUCAAGUAAUCCUUCAAAAGUUCAGCAACUGUGAUGAUAAAUCAGUAAUCGUUCAGUUUGCUGACCAAAUAAUGGUGUUAUUUCUCCAGGUUUUUUCAUGCGAUAGUUCUAAUGUGCUGAAGAAGCAAUGCUUGCUAUUGGUGCUCUUGCUUAUGCUACUGGACCGGAAUUUGUGAAAUACAUGCCAGAGUUUCACAAGUACCUUGAAACGGGCUUACAAAUUUCGGUGCAUAUCAAGUAUGCUGUGUUUCUGUGGGUGUGUUUGCGGACAUCUGUCAUGCCCUGGAUGACAAGGUACUCCCUUACUGUGAUAUGUAUCAUGUCCACCCUUCUCAAGUUCCUUUCAAGCCCAGAGCUUGAUCGUUCUGUGAAACCACCAAUUUUGUCAUGCAUAGGAGAUAUUGCACUUACAAUUGGUGAGCAUUUUGAUAAAUAUGUUCCAUACACUCUGCCUAUGUUGCAAGGAGCUGCAGAGCUUUGCUCUCUUAUGGAGCUUCCUGAUGAUGACAGUACAGAGUAUAAAAAUGAACUCAGGCGAAGCAUCUUCGAGGCCUAUUCAGGUAUACUUCAGGGAGUCAGAAGUUCAAAAUCAGAGCUCAUGGUUCCUUAUGCCGGCCAUAUUUUCCAGUUCGCCGAACUGGUGUUACGAGAGACAUCAAAGGACGAGGGUCUGACCAAAGCUGGAGUUGCCUUGGUCGGGGACCUCAUGGAUGCGCUAGGACCUUCCAUUAAACUGCUGCUCAAGAAUUCCAACUUCCACCCGGAGCUUCUUGGGUGCUGUUCCCAGUCUGAUGACGAACAGCUAAGGGAGACUGCGUCCUGGGUCCAGGGUGUGAUCUCACGUGUGCUGGUUUAUGAUGGAAAGCUUCUCCAGUAAAGCUGCAGGUUCUUUAUCUUGGCGUUCAGCGUUGCUGAUGGAUGCUUUUUUUUAUCUUGUUUGUGGAAGUCCACGCACAACUACUCUAGCUUAUCACAUUAGACAUUGGGUUUGAUUGUAAGAGAGGCAAAAGGGGGAAACAGGAGGAUGCACAAGCUGAAACUGGAGAUCAUGCUGAUGCUGAGAAGCCAAAGGUACUAACGUUGAGAUGAAAGAUGCUGGAGAAGCCAAAGACACCGAUGUGGAGAUAAAAGAUGCUGGAGAAGCCAAAGGCACCGACAUGGAGAUAAAAGAUGCUGAAGAAGCCAUAGGCACCGAUGUGCAGAACAAAGAUGCUGACAAUGCUCGGGAGAAAAGAAGAGGCUGGCAAUUCCCUUGAGAGAAGAUGCUGGCGCUGUUGCUCAAGAAGAGAAGAAAGAUGCCCCUGCUGCAGAUGUCGCACGGAAAACUGAAGAAGCCGCUGGUUCAGAGCUACCUUAGGGGGGCAGAUCCGCAGAUGCAGCAUCCUACAAGACUGAAUCAGCCGAAGGCAAGGCUUUCUUGGAGCUUCCUGGAGACGUUCCUGCACCUGUAUGAGAGAGUAAGGAAAUAUGAAAAAUCAGUUGAAUCUGGAGUAACUCCCGCAGAGGGUGUGAUUUGUCUGCCCCUGUAUCAGAGAAUAAGCAAGAUGAAAGCCAGCUGAAUCUGGAGGACCUCCCGUGGAGGGUGAGAAAACUGAGAAUGACCUCAAAUCCAGGGGUCUACCCUACUAUAUCCUCGGGGGAAAAGAAAGAAGAGGCGGAUAGCACUACCAAUUCAGCGACGCCUCCUACAGAGGAAAUAAAAGCAGAUGUUUCAGCGGAAGAGUCAGGAAAAGCCACAUAGAAUUCAGCAGACAGCGCUGCUCACCAGGGUCGUGUUCCGUGGUAACAGGCGAGACGAAUCUCUCAUUUGUUCUGAGAACUGUAGUGCAAGUGUGUUUAACCUAACAGCGUCUGUAACUGUCGGCUCGUCCGCGCAUACUUCAGAACUUGUUGUGUUGGCCAUGUAUGAGGUGCU